GCCUAUUCUCAUCCGGGGUCACGUCGAUCUUCCGGGUGUCUUUGACAGGGUUUUCUACGCCGCUUUUUCGGCGACUUUUUGCUCUUCCGCUUUUUGCCACCGCCCCCAACUUUCUACAUCCUUGCAGCCCCUACCUUUUCUUGUGUUGCUCCUCCCCUGGCAGCCGUGCGGGGGGUUAGAUCUCAGCCGGAGCGGGAGCUGGGCCUAGCUGUCCCACGGGCCACCACUACCUCCUUUGGUUCGGGAGAAAGCUACGACUGAGUACUCCCAGCCGUCCCCGCUCGGGCCUUGGAACUUCUGAACGGGCAGUGCGGGUAGACCCUGCUUAGCCCUUCCCAGAGGACACCUGACCAAAAGAGGAAGAUAGUCUUGGGACCCCUGCAUGGUGUUUCAAAGGGUGGUGAAGAACUAAGGUAGAAGAAUACAUGUUCACUUCCAGUGAACAAGAGCAUGUUCCCGAACUCAAUUUUGGGUCGCCCACCCUUCACUCCAAAUCAUCAACAACAUAAUAACUUCUUUACCCUGUCACCUACUGUUUAUUCACACCAGCAGCUUAUAGAUGCACAAUUCAACUUUCAGAAUGCAGACUUGUCUAGAGCUGUGUCAUUACAGCAGCUGACAUAUGGAAAUGUCAGUCCAAUACAGACCUCAGCUUCCCCAUUAUUUCGAGGAAGGAAGAGAUUAAGCGAUGAAAAAAACCUUCCUCUUGACGGUAAACGGCAACGUUUCCAUUCACCCCACCAAGAGCCAACUGUAGUUAACCAGAUAGUGCCUUUAUCAGGUGAACGAAGAUACUCAAUGCCACCAUUGUUUCAUACACAUUAUGUACCAGAUAUAGUCAGAUGUGUUCCACCUUUUCGAGAAAUUCCAUUUUUAGAACCUAGAGAAAUCACACUGCCUGAGGCCAAAGAUAAGAGCCAGGGUCUUGCCAUGUUACCCAGGCUGGUCUUGAACUCCUGGCUUCAAGUGAUGCUCCCGCAUUGGCCUCCCAGAGGGCUGGGAUUACAGUUGAGUCAGCAGAUACUGGAGUUAUUUGAAACAUGUCAGCAGCAAAUAAGUGAUUUAAAGAAGAAAGAACUCUGUCGAACACAGCUGCAGAGAGAAAUUCAGCUGUUAUUUCCACGUAUGUUUCCCUAUUUUGCAUGUCCUUUAGAAAGCAGACUUUUUUUGGUUGGGUCCUCUUUAAAUGGAUUUGGUACCCGGAGCAGUGAUGGUGAUUUAUGCCUAGUUGUUAAGGAAGAACCAUGUUUUUUUCAGGUAAAUCAGAAGACUGAAGCACGGCAUAUACUCACCUUAGUCCAUAAACACUUCUGUACUAGACUUUCGGGCUACAUUGAGAGACCUCAGCUGAUUCGAGCAAAAGUGCCAAUUGUGAAGUUCAGGGAUAAAGUCAGUUGUGUGGAGUUUGACUUGAAUGUAAACAAUAUUGUUGGAAUAAGAAACACAUUCCUUCUCAGAACUUAUGCAUACCUUGAAAAUCGAGUUCGUCCGUUAGUGCUGGCGAUUAAGAAGUGGGCAAGUCACCAUCAGAUAAAUGAUGCCAGUCGUGGUACUUUAAGCAGCUAUAGUCUUGUAUUGAUGGUUUUGCACUAUUUACAAACCCUACCUGAACCCAUCCUUCCAUCCCUCCAAAAAAUUUACCCAGAGUCUUUUAGUCCUGCUAUACAGCUGCACCUUGUACAUCAAGCUCCAUGUAAUGUUCCUCCUUACCUCUCAAAGAAUGAAUCAAACCUUGGGGACCUCUUACUGGGCUUUCUUAAAUAUUAUGCUACAGAAUUUGACUGGAAUAGUCAAAUGAUUUCAGUUCGUGAAGCCAAAGCCAUUCCGAGGCCUGAUGGUAUUGAAUGGAGAAAUAAAUACAUCUGUGUAGAAGAACCUUUUGAUGGAACAAAUACAGCCAGAGCAGUGCACGAAAAGCAGAAAUUUGAUAUGAUCAAGGAUCAAUUUUUAAAGUCAUGGCACAGAUUGAAAAACAAGAGAGAUUUGAACAGUAUACUACCUGUAAGAGCUGCUGUCCUGAAAAGAUAACUGGCCUCUAUUUCUUAAUAAAUUCUUCCAAGAAAUAAAGAACAAUAGUUUCAUCAUAAUACAUUAUGUUUACCUCCAUCAUAGUUGCUUUUUUCAUAGUUCUUGUUUUCAUGUUUUAUUUUUAAAAAGACAUAUAAAGAUUGCAUAUUUUAUUAUGACAUUUCCUAAUAAAACCCUUUGAUUUAAAAAUGUAUUUUUGAAAAUGUUUACAUUGAUGAUGAGUAAUAUUGCAUGUGUUUUCAGGUGAUCAGAUAAAAUAUAUUUUGGGAAAUUAACUGAACAAAUAAAAAGUUUUUGAUAUAACUUCAAUUAAUUGUACCACAUGCUAAUCCUGAAGAGAUGUGUAGAAUUUUGGAAAGGGUCUAAUUCAUACAUGCUUAAAGUAUAACCUACGUUAGAUAGUUUGUUGUCAAAGUCUGUUCUAGUAAAGUGAAGAUUCAAGUCAGUUGUUCAGUUACUUGAAGCAAAACGAAAUCUUUCAUUUCAGUCAAAUCACUGCAGUCAUGAAAUACUGAACAGUUGCCUUAAGUCUUUGCUUGACUCACUGGGGUAGACUGAGGCUUUGGGUGUGUCUGUAUUAGCAUUUCAUUAGUACUUCACAUGCUUUUGAUGUACUCUUGAGAUUGCUUUAAAUUUUGUAUUGAAACAACAAUACAUUUUGCACUGUAGUAAUAGGAGCACUAACUCUUACAACAGUUAGUGAAUUGUUUUAAAGAAUCAGUUCAGUGUAGACGUUUUGAAAAGAUUGUUUCCUGUGCUUUAUGAUAGCUUAGUGCAAUGUGCACUUCUGUUUUACUUGUCAUUUUCCUGCUCUAUUUUCUCUGUGACAUGAAGCAACAGAAACUGAGAUCAAAGUUAAGAUUAUAUCCUGUUUGUAGUAUCACAUAUUUUUCUGUGUACAAUUAUAGGAUUGUAAUCUAAACUGGAAUUUUUAGGCAGUAAGCCACUACAAAAUGUUUUAGAUAAGACACAAUAAAAUUAUUAUAAAUAAAAGCUAAAUGUUUGUAAAAAAAUCUCUUUUUUAGUAUUUCUUUUUUCACGUGAAAGAAGUGAUAGCUGCUAAAAAAAAGCUACAGUGUUUAUUAAGGUUCUUUUUGAUUUAUGUAAAUAUUUGUAAAUUGGUCAGUGCCUGUAAAUUUAAAUAUAAAAAGUAAUCUUGAAAACAGUUUUAACUUUUUCAAAAGGACUAUGUCCAACAUUUUUUAGACCUGCUGUAGUACAGUUUUGUACCUCUAAUGUAUUUUUUUUUGCAGACCAAAUGCUAAAACUUUUGCUUUUCUUUGACUUGUAAAAGGUGCACAUUUUCAUUUUCUUCUUUAAGUUCAAAUUUUUGUAUGAUGUCAAAUGCAAUAAAAUUUAUAUAUGGACA